AUGGUUUUUGAAAAACUUCAAGAAGGCUUAUGGGCACAGAGACGGUCUGUGUUUUGUAUCGGACCAUCACAUGAGUAUAAUUUGAAAAACUUCAAGAAGGCUUAUGGGCACAGAGACGAAUCAGUUAAUGCUGUGACAAAGGUAGCCAAGAAUUACCUUACUGUAUCGCUGCUAGAGUCAUUGCGAAAAACUGUACAAUCUUGGUUUUGUAAACAUAGAGAUGAUGCACAUGGAACUUUCACGAAAUUGUCAAGCAAGUACGAAAAUGAGAUGAGGAAAAUAAGUGUAGAGUUGAGGCACUUGAGGGUAUCUCCCUCCAACCAGUCAGUGUUUUCUGUCAGUGAUGAAAAGUCAACAUUUGUUGUUGAUAUUGAACAACGUACAUGUACAUGCAGGAUGCUGCAAGUUGAUUUGAUACCGUGUUCACAUGCCUUGGCUGUAAUUGCAAAUACAAGGAGAAAUCCAUAUGCUUAUUAUUCUUACUAUUACACAAGAGAUGCUUACACGAAUAUAGUGCCUGAAGAAGUACAAGCCAAAAUUGUGUUAGCUCCUAACCAAAAGAGGAGUUCUGGAAGACCUAUUGAGAAGAGGAAGAGAUCAUCCAGAGAAGGGAAACCAACAAUGAAAUGUGAUCAUUGUGGCGGACAAGGUCACAAUCGUAGGAGAUGCUCAAGUGUGGUUCCAUUAAACUAG